AUGUGGCCCGUACUCCUAAACAUGACCCGCGAUGAAUGUCGGCGGACGCUCCGAAGACUUGAAUUGGAAGCAUACUCGAAUAUGAUAAGUGUAUUAAGAGCGCAAGGUGCGUUAGAAGAAAACAGAAAAAAGUUGCUGGAAGAUCUACGCGCCGUUUUGCAUAUAAGCCACGAUCGCCACAGUGCUGAAGCACGACGCGUGUCUAACGAUGAGCUGUUAGCAACAAUAGCAGAGCAAAUAGCCGGGCCAAAUACAGGCCUAGCAUGGAUCAGCGAAGGUCGUCGCAUUAUUCCUCUUUUGCCGCGUGGCAUAGCACAAACUAUGUACACAGAAAUUGCAGAUAAAGUAGCUGAAGUAGCUGCAUCUCAAAACAAGGAAGUGCAACAAAAAAUUGAGUCAGAAAAACUUGUAACUCCUGUAACGGAAGUGGAAGAAAUACCAGAUCCAGAAACUGCAGAAUCAGCUUUGGAAUGUAAUGAAAGUAUGGAUGGAAUUUAUCCUCCCAUUGCUACAGAAGAUCAUUCUAGUAAGAUUUGGGACACUGAAAUUAUAUGCCGAAAACGAAAAGUCACUGAAAGUUUUGAUGACACGUUCCCACCAGUAAAGAGGAACAUACCUGUGAAUGUGCAUCAGAAGCAUCUCAGUUUAUCACAAGUUUAUUCAAAGUAUUCUCAACCAGUUAUCAGUAAACCUUCAAGUCAAUCGAAACACUCAUAUAAUCAAGUAAGCAAGGUUUCAACAAGUAAAUCGAGUCAAACUCGAGCUCCCCGUACGCAAAAACAACAUAGAACACAUAAGCCUAGGGCACCUCGAGGUCAGAAAAAGCAACAACUCAAGGAUGCUCAAACACAGUCUGCAAAACAGCUCAAUGCUGUUUCAAUGCAAAUGGAGUAUUCUGGACCACCAAACACCUUCCAAGCGAGCUACGCACAGUCUAUUCUCACAAAUAAGCAUAGAGGUGACUUUGUAGAUGAUUUUAAACCAAAAGUUAAAUCAUCCCCAGGUAUGGUGAGUGAUUCACCAACAAUGCAACUGCUAACGCAGCCCGCUACCGUUCCACAUGAAUUAGGUCUUUCUGAAAACACUCAUCCUGAAGAUGAUCCAAAAUCAUUGCAAGCUCAAAGCAUACCUAUCUCAAAACAUACGCUGAAUAAAACAUCGCAAGUAGUAAAAAAUCGGGAACUUGAGAAAAAAUUACCCAUGCCCGAGUUUAAGGUUGUGCAAAAGUCUAACGAAAAUAUAAAAAUUCUAAGCAAUCGUCAAGUAGUUGUUGCACCAAGUUCUACGCAAAAGGCAUUGAAUUCUAGACAACUGGUUGCUACAAAAGUUAUAGGGUCUAUACCUAAAGCCAGAACUCCUACAACUGCUGUUAAAUCAUUAACAGAUAAGAUGAUAGUAGUAUCCAAACCUACAGUGGAUACCAGAAUUUCACACCCCAAAUUUGUGAUUACAUCUUCAUCAACAACUCCACAAAUGAAAACUUCUACGCCUAUUAGUUCAAAUAACUAUUUAGCACCUACAUCUGAAGCUCUCACUCCUAAAGGAAUCCCAGCUACAGAUUUAAAGGUAUCGGCAAAAACAUUUGUGCUGAGUCCAAAUUCUGGAAAAAAAAUGGUUGUCUUACCAGCAAAGACGAGUAAAGAAGGUCAGUCACCAAUGUUUCACUUUAAAGGCGUCCCCACGGCUAUGAAACUUGUUUCAGUCAGCUCACAGCCUAACACUAUACCUACAUCAAAAUUUAAUCCCGGCGCUUCUACACCGAAACCCACUAUCGUUAGCGCAGCUUGUAAUCCUAAAAUACUGGGCGUCGAACCAAUAAAAACUGCCAAUUUAGCUGAUAUCGUUCCUGUGAAAGGUCUCACUCCGGUUACUGCUCAAAAACUUACUAACCCAAUAAUAAGACCCGCAAACACCAAAAGAAACUUAAUAGUUGUCCAAAAAAGUGCUACUCUCGGUAAGACGAUUAAGGUAUCAAAGAAUAGUAGCGACAUGUCUAAAAUUAUUAUGGGAAAAAAUCUAAACCAACUCUUACAAGCAAAAUCUGAGCACGGGGAAGCCUCGAAACCUGGCAAUGUUAUUGUAUUAGAGCUAAACAAUGAACAUACUGCUAAAUCUACAACUAUGUCAGAAAUCCUAGACAGUCGCAUAACAAGACUUGAAGAUACUAAACAGACAAGUUCAAUAAUCACUCCAGAUACACCUGUACUUUUUGAUAGCCACUCGUCUGGAGAAAUAAAUAGUCAAACUAGCAGUUUGGAUUCAGAAAUGCCUCUAAAUAUUGAACACAAAACUGAAUCCAAGUCAAACUAUAGUCAAGAAAUUGAAGUGAAGAAUGCGCCCGGAGUAACAGACUGGGAUAUGGAGUUGGACCCUGUUCCAUCUCAAAAAAAGAAUGAAGAUGACAAGUUGAACUCAAUACACCUAGAACUUGGCAUGUCUAGUGAAAGUGAUGGUGAAUAUAUGGCAGACUCGAAGAGUAAAAGCGAACAUUCGUCGCAAGAUAGUAUACAACAAGACACUCAGCAAGGGAUGACUGGCGAAAUUUAUAGCGGUGCUAGCCGUCUCUCGUUAGCCACGAGGACGUUACUCAGCCAACUCCAGGACGAAGGUUCGUCGAGUAACGACUCCUCGUUCGUGUCUCUCAAAUCUCAAAAACCCGAUACACAAAGUCACGUUAAAAUCGAUAAAUCGGAAUCCGAGGCGCUGUCGAAAGCGAAAGCGAAGCUUACGCAAAAAGUAGCGGAGGCACAAAGUCAGCAGAAACGGAUAGACGUGUACAGCACUGCGAUUUCCACGUCCGACAUAAAUCUAGAUUCGUUUUCAUACUUAGAUGAGGGCUUGAUGGCCGGCGACGACGAGUUCCCCCACGACACCAAAAAGGAGGGCCGCCAUCACAUCCUCGACGAACAAUUGAGUCGCCUCCUCGAUGACUCGGCCGACUCUUCCGACUCGCAGGCUGUAAGUGAACGAUUGCCAAUAACGAACGAGUGA